AUGCUUGAUCGUGAUGCAACCACUGCCACUACACCCACUACAGCCCAUCCUACACUAUCGUCGUCGACAACCGAAUUGACUAAUGGCAACAGCACUUCUUCCAACAAGCCAAGAGAAGAACGAUCGUACAAAGAUUUCUUUCCGAAUCUCAAUAUUAAGGAACCCCUUGCCAUUGUCGACGUCCAGGUCAAUAACACUGAUACUACUACUUCUACGACGACUACGACUACUAAUACUGAAGAGCAACAACCACAACCACAACCACAAAAACCAACGAAUGACCAAGCAGUACCCACUGUUGAGACACCACCUCUUGCCAACGGUUCCUCCUCCUUAUCUGACACUGAAUCAUCGUCAACAGCAGCAGCAGCAACAGCAACGUCAACAGAUCAAGUUGAACAACCAGCAGCAGAAGAAAAUGAAAAAGAAGAAGAAGAGCAUCAUCGUCAUCAUCAUCUUGUGGAUCAUCAAAAGGAAGGUGAUAUAUAUCAAGCCUUGUCAACACGUCCUCAAGCAGGUGUCAACAAUGACGUUGUGAAUCUUGACUUAUUGCCUAAACCCGCAUUUCAAAUUGUGGAUGUGGAUACAACCGAUGAUGCAACAACAACAGCCCAUGACACGGAUCAAGAUGUGGAUGUGGAUGGAGAGGAAACAGAGAAAACCAAUGUUGGAUUUCAACGACCUGAAAACCAUUACAUUCGGUAUAUUGAACCCUCCGAAGCUGAUCUUAUGAAUACGAUCGAAUAUGAUAUGGAUGAACAAGAUGAAGCAUGGUUGCGGAUGCUGAAUGAAGAGCGAGCAAAGGACAAUUUGGGACAAGUGUCGUGUGAUUUAUUUGAAGCUGUCAUUGACCAACUGGAGAAGGAAUGGUUUGACUUGGUCAAGAAUCUUCCAAAGCAAUUGGCGGAUGAGCCUGCACUUCCAGAAGACUCAGCAUGUGCUAUUUGUGAUGAUACCGAAUGUGAGAAUAGCAAUGCGAUUGUAUUUUGUGAUGGGUGUAAUCUUGCUGUACAUCAAGACUGUUAUGGCAUUCCUUAUAUCCCAGAAGGCCAAUGGUUGUGUCGCAAAUGCCUCGUGUCGCCCGAGAAUCCAGUAUCAUGCAUCUUUUGUCCCAACGAAGGUGGCGCAUUCAAGCAAACCAAUACAAACAAGUGGGGCCAUUUGCUAUGUGCGAUUUGGAUCCCGGAAGUUGGGUUGAGCAACAGUGUUUAUAUGGAGCCCAUUGACAAUAUUGAAAAUGUGCCAAAGAGUCGAUGGAAGUUGCAGUGUUACAUUUGCCGACGCAAGCAUGGUGCGUGUAUCCAAUGCGACAAUAAGCACUGUUUUGUUGCCUUCCAUGUGACAUGUGCGAGAUGGGCUCGAUUAUGCAUGCGAAUGAAAUCUCACAGCACUCAUUAUGAUGGCGUCGUAUUCAAAGCUUAUUGUGACAAGCACACGCCACGUGAUUACAAGGAAAAUGUCAAUGUGGAACAAUCGGUGGCCAAUGCCCAAGCUUACUUUGCAGCUGUGAAUCGUCGCAACAAGUCGAAUCAGAAUGCAUUAGCUCGUCAGCAACAGCGGCUUGAAGAAAACAUGAGGAAUGGAUCGAGUGACUCGGACAAUAUGGACGAUGGCAAAAAGAAACGUCGUAAAAGCAGUAGCAGCAAUAGCGAUAAUACUGCUGCUGUCACUCAGCUCUUACCCAGUUCAAAGGCAGCUCGUGCACAUCAACAUCAUUAUUCAGCUGGUGCUCCCAUUGCUCCCGAAUACAUUAUCAACAAGUUGGAAAAUUUGAAAUGUGUACGACAAGCACCCAAUCUUCGCAAAAAGUCACAGUUCAUCACCAGCAUUUGUCGCUAUUGGUCUUUGAAGCGUGAAUCACGACGUGGUGCACCCUUAUUGAAGCGAUUGCAUUUGGAGCCAUGGACAGCAUCCUCAUCACAACACAAGCAGACGGAGGUGGAAAAGGCACAUAAGGCGAAGGCAAUGAUGAAUUUACGAGCUGAUUUGGAAAAGGUGCGAAUGCUUUCUGAACAAGUACAAAAGCGCGAGAAGCAAAAGCUGGAGCGGAUACGAAAGCAAAAGGCGUACUUGGAGAUGAUUCUUUUCCCUGUUGAAUACAUCAUGCGACCUGUCGUCGAUCAAUUGAUUGAGGCUGAUAAAAAGGAACUUUUCCGCUAUCCGGUGACACCUGAAGUGGCCCCUGAUUAUGCCGACAUUAUCGAGACGCCUAUGGCAUUUUCGGAUAUCUUGGAGCGCCUUGCCAAUCACGAGUAUAGCAGCAUUGAUCAAGUGGAGCAUGACAUCAUGUUGAUAUGGAAGAACAGUAUGACUUACAACAAGCCUGAGACAACAUUUUAUCGAACAGCUGAACGAUUGGAGAAGGUGGCAAUGGAUAUGAUUCAGCGAGCCAAAGGAGAAUAUGCAGGAUUGGAAUUGAGACAUGAAACGGGUAUUCUUGCAGUGGACAUUCAUCCCGAGAUUUUCAAAUACAACAUGGUGCGUGUUCCUUCGCCUGAAGAGAUUGCAGCUGAAAAAGCACGCGUGGAAGCUGAAGAACUUGCACGUGUACAAGAUGAGGAGAAACAACGACAACGUGCUGAACAACAAGAGGAAUUAGAAAAGGCACGAGUGGCAAGGGAAGAAGCACGACAAAAGGCACUGGCUGUCAAACGUGAAAAGAGAGCUGCAGCAGCAGAGGCUAAGCGGAUACGACAAGAACGUGAGCCACCCCCUGAACCAAAGACUCGUAAAGCUGUAGCAGCAGCAGAAGCAGCAGCAGCCGCCAAAGCUGAAGAAGAGGCAAAGGAGCUCAAGAUUCAAAAAGAAAAAGAAAAGGCAGCAGCAGCAUCAGCAGCAGCCGUUUCUACCACCACCAAGGACACCAAAGUCAAAUCAGAACCCACCGUAUCAAAAGGCAAAAGCAAAAUCCCGUUGCGACGACGUACACGAAGUAUGGGAACGGAUGGGCUUAUUGCACCUACACCUGAGCGGUUACGUAAACGCAACUCGAACGAAGCACGUAAUUUGAUGUGGCAUUCGGAUGCGGCUCGUGCUGAUACUCGAGAAUACAAAGUGGAUCGGAAACGCAAAGCACCACCAGGCUGGCAAUAUCUUGAAGAUAGCGAUGGCGAAGCACCCAUUAGCCCACCAGCAACCAAAAAAGCAAAGCCAUCCAACAAUGGUCGAUUUAAGCCUGAGUCACCUACCGCCAUCAAGUAUGACAUGAUUGUAUGGGCGCGUGUUCGUGGAUUCCCACCCCAUCCUGCCAUGAUUGUCGACCCAUCCACUGUAGAGAUGACUCGCAACAUUAUGACAGCUCAAAGACAUAAGGAUGAUUAUCUUGUGGAGUUUUACAAGGUACCUGAACGACACAAAUGGGGCUGGGUACAAGGAAGUGACAUUCACACCCUGGGUAAAUUACAACAAGACGCAGAAAUGCUUUCAAUGUCUCGCAAAAAGAAGAAUGCGCGCAGAAUCAAGGAAUCCAGAGAAGGCUAUCAGCAAGCAUGCGAACUAUUAGGACUGGAUCCCAAACCUGCACUUGAUGCAUCGGUUCGAAAAAAGUAA